AUGUCCCCAUAUGCACUCAUCUUUGGCAAGGCAUAUCACUUACCGUUGGAGCUUGAAUACAGGGCAUUUUGGGCUACAAAAAAGCUCAAUUUUGAUUUGAAAACUGCACAAGAAGCAAGGACGCUGCAAUUAUUGGAAUUAGAUGAGUGGAGAUUGCAAGCAUAUAAGUACGCCAAAAUAUACAAGGAGCGAACAAAGUGUUGGCAUGAUCAACACAUUCGUAAGAAAAAUUUUGAAAUUGGCCAAAAAGUUCUCUUGUUUAAUUAUAGGUUACGUCUUUUUCUAGGCAAGCUGAAAUCGAGUUGGUCAGGACCAUUCAUCAUCAAGGAAGUUUAUCUGCAUGGAGCAGUGGAAUUGGUUAGUGAAGACAGAGCCAACGCUUUCAAAGUUAAUGGACAACACAUCAAAUCUUACUAUAGAGGGGAUCUCGAUUGCGAAAAGACCUCCACAGAUCUAGGAAAGCCCGAAUGA